AUGAAAUAUAUUCCUUUAACUUAGCAUUUUCAAACAGUUGCAAUGCUUUAUGAAAAAUGUGCUGAUCUCUCUUCAUAAAUAGAUUCACUUCAAUCUCAAAUUUCAAACAAUGAAGGAUAAAAUCGAUAAAUGGAAAAUGAAGAAAUUGAUAGAUUACCUUAAAUUAACUAAGAUCCACUUUCUAAGGCACCAGAAAAGACAAAUACUCAAUCAUAAAUAGAAAAAAGAGUAUAACAAAUUGAUGAAAUUGAAGAAGAAAAAUAAAAUUAAGAAAAAACUGUUUUGAAAAUUGGAAAAUCCAUCGAAAAAUCAAAUAAAAUGAAAGUAUCCUUAACUUGUGAUCAUUGUGACAAAAUAUUCGAAACAGAAAAACAGUAUAAAAAACAUAGAUAUCGUAUCAAUUAUAAAGGACCUAAAGAUAAAUCAAAAAGUAAAUCAUAAAAAGAUCACAAAAAUAAAAAAGAGAAUAAAGAAAAAAAGGACAAAAGAGAAUCCUCAAGCAAAAAGUCAUUUGAAACAUUCCAAAUAUGCCUUUGA